AUGGAAGCGCGUUGCGUGGGCGAGCGAUGGGUGCUAACCGUGCAAUAUUCCCGUCUUGCUCACACAGGAAACCUGGAAGUCCGCCGCGGGGAAAUCAUUUCGUGGAAGAGCCUGAGCGGCCUCCCGAACCGGGGGAAGGUGCUCUUCCGACCGGUUGACAACUCGUCGACGAGGAGUAGCAUCACGCUCGCUAUUGAGUUCGACGUACCACCCGCCAUUGCCAGGGCGGUGCAAAACGACUUCAUCGGGCGCUUCGUGGAGGAUACGCUUCUUGCAGACUUGCAGCGCUUCCGGAAAGUUGUGCUGUCAGAAUGUAGACGCGCUAGAAAGAAUAGAGCAACGGCAAAAGAGCACUAG